GGGUUGACGCGCUCAGUAGAGCGCACAGCGCAGCAGUAACCAUCUACUGUAAGCAGGGGGUGUAUGUGUGGUGAGGAGAUUGUAUGCUUCAACGCUCCUGUGCCUGCGUAUGACGGCUUGAUAUGACCAUUUUAAGACAACAAUAGAUUACGUUUUGGUAACGGAUCCUAUUGUCUCUCUUUAGAAUUACAGUCGUGUUUAUUUCAACUAGAUCGCGGGGAGCGGAGAGGCAACAACCAUCGGUAUUGAAUGCUGGUAAGCAGGCUCCAGUCCAUGGGGUUGUGACGCGGAUUCUCCGGCUGCGCUGAAUUGCAAGCGGAUACUGUAAACGCAUUUGAGAUAUGGACGCUGUUCUGUGAAGCAUGCUGACAAAUGUUCUUCUCACAGACAACAAAAGCUGAAGUGGCCGGCUGGUUGGUGAAGCUGUGACCUAUGCAGGGUUGUCUUGGCUGAUGGUCCAGGGGCUGUGUCCUUCCAGGAGGGUAUGCCUGUAUCCCACCAUGCCGCUGCUGGCAGAAUGGCUGCUGUGCCACUCAUUGGUGGCAUGCCUGUUGCUGCACAGCCUGGCGCUCGGGGCCACCACCGCGGGCCUCCACGGGGCAAACACUGGCUGCUCCGAGAGCUGCUACUGCUCCGAGAUGGCCGACGGCGGGAGGGUGGUGCGCUGCAGCAACAGGCACCUGGCGGAGGUGCCGCAUGACCUGCCCAAUGACACUCGCCGACUUUACCUGGACGGUAACCUCCUUACCACCAUCCCCGCCGACGCCUUUGCAGGGCUUCCUUUACUCAACGAGCUGGACCUCUCCCACAAUGAGCUAACUCAGAUGGAGCCGGGGGCCUUCCGGGGUCUGGUCCCCUCUCUCAGGAGCCUGGACCUGUCCUCUAACAGACUGACCACCCUGGAGCCCGAGGUCCUGGGGGGCCUGAGGGCCCAGGCCAACCUCACCCACAACCCCUGGCACUGUGACUGCCGCCUCCAGGUGGCUAUGCCCCGGCUGGAUCUGGAACCGGUAUCACUGGCUGGCGUGGUAUGCCACACUUCGGAGCCCAAGGACGUUGGCAUAGAUACAGGGGUGCCCUUCAUCAUGGUGGCGGCCGACCUGGACCUGUGCGCAGGGCUCAAGAGGACCACGGACGUGGCCAUGCUGGUGACCAUGUUCGGCUGGUUCGCCAUGGUCAUCUCCUACCUGGUGUAUUAUGUCAGGCACAACCAGGAGGACGCACGGAGACACCUGGAGUACCUCAAGUCCCUUCCCAGCAAACUGGACAGGCCAGAGGAGUCCUCUAAACUCAGAACAGUGGUGUGAGAAGUAAAUGACCAGACCUGGGUCAAAAUGCAUUUUGUCAGGUACUUUCAAAUUCUGGAGAAGUGCUUGAUUUAGCUUGAUUGCUGUGCAAGGCGGUAGAGUUUGCACUUUUGGGACGAUUCUUAGGUAGUAGGUAAGCAAAAUCAAGCGCACCUGUAGUAUCUGAAAGUAUUUGACAUAUAUUUACCUAGGUCAGGUAGAGACACAGGAAAUAAUAGCCAAACACCUCAAAGGGAUCAUAAAAGGAAUUCACAAACUUGGAAAUAGACCGGGAUACUACUGUACUGUACAGGUUUUCACCAGUAAUCCAUUGGAAACGCAAUACCUCACGGUAACAUUUCAUUCAAACAAAUUCACACUCUUUGAUGAAUCGUCAUGAAAUGAAGAUUCUUUUUCUUCCCCCACAUAGCUGUUUAUUAUACGAAUGAAGAAAUUAUUUGACACGUUUGUGAAUAUUCUAAAUGUAUUUCCAAAUCAGUCUGUGUCUUUAUGUAAGACACUCUGUAUUUGAAAAUGAUUGAAUUCCAACGAGGUAUUGAAAUGUUGUCAAAUGCAUAACUAUUUCACAAUGGACUGCCGAGGGCACCGUUUUGUUAUUAAUCAGGAAUGCACGAUGUCAUCAAAUGUCCCCAUAUUAGUGAUGAUACUGUGCUUGGCAGUGUAACAGAGACUGCAUUGUUCGACCAGCAUCUGCACUCAUUGAAUGUUGGAUCUUUAUUUUCUGGAUGAGAAGCCCCAUGUAAUCAUCAAACAUUUUACCAGAAAGAAUAAAAUCCUGAAAUGCUCCUUCCUUUUUUAUUUUGGCCACAAUACCAUAUUUUUUCCACAGUUGUAUUGCAUGUAAUAUUUCAUUUCUCACAAAGUCCGCCUAAACAUGUCACCUUUUCAUUUAUUUUAAAUGAACAAUGUGUUCAUUAUAUUGAAUUAUGAUAUUUGACAGACUGUAGUGCACGAUGGCAAAACUAGUUUAGAAAUAUGAAUUGCGCAACUUCAAUCAGUGGGUCCAACAAGUAAUUGUAAAAAAACAACAACAAAAAAAAACGUUUGAAAGAGUUCACUGUCUGAAGUCUCAUUUCAAUUUCCUCCAAGCCUCAUGAAUUCCUUUGAUCUCACUAAUGGGUAUGUCUUUUAGAACUAUGAAUCUGCUUUAGGGACAGACUGCACUGAAAUGACUUCUGUCACACACGCACGCACACACACACACACACGACAGCCACAAUGCACACGGUAAAACUCCACACCCUCAGGCUGAAAUAAAAAUGAUAUAGAUUUGAUCCUUGCUCACCGUUUGGAAACUGGGCCUGCCGAUGGGAUCCCCCCUGGCCUCCCACAUCAUGACGUAGGAUGGGAAUCAAUACAGAAUGGUGUUUCUCCUGUCCUACUGGAACUAUUAAAACCCUGCCCCUUGACCGUGGUACAGUAUCCAGCCACAGUCUGUCCGCUUUCUGUCUAUCUUAAGUGCUCAUUUGUGGAGGAUUGUCACGUUCUGACCUUUAUUUCCUUUGUUUUGUAUUUAUUUAGUAUGGUCAGGGCGUGAGUUGGGUGGGCAGUCUAUGUUUGUUUUUCUAUGAUUUGGGUAUUUCUAUGUUUCGGCCUAUUAUGGUUCUCAAUCAGAGGCAGGUGUCAUUAGUUGUCUCUGAUUGAGAAUCAUACUUAGGUAGCCUGGGUGUCACUGUGUGUUUGUGGGUGAUUGUUCCUGUCUCUGUGUUUUGCACCAGAUAGGGCUGUUUUGGGUUUUCACGUUUCUUGUUUUUGUUAGUUUGUUAGUUUGUUCAUGUGAAGUGAUUUAUUAAAACAUGAAUCAAAAUAA